AUGACGCCUUCGCACAGAGAUGUCGCCACUCGACUGGGCUGUAACCCCGUCUCGUCGCCUGCAUCCGACAUGCGGCCUUCCCUGCUGUCUCUUGCCGCUGCGGCCGCCUGUGUGCUCCCCAUAUACGCGCAGUUGAUCACCACUACCGACGAGUAUGGCUACACCGUCGUCGAAUUGAUCACGCUCGAUCCAUUAGGCCUAGUCACGACAUCCAUAGAGUCGACUAUUCUCGCGGGCGCGUUAACGGAUACGGCCACAGACACAGACACGGAGCUCACUACGGCUCUUACAACAACGGCGAGGACUACCGCGCCGACGACGACUACCACACCGCUGACGACGACGACGCCUGUUGCAAUCCCGACGACAACGACGACUACGCCCGCAGUGGUCGUUGGGGCACCAACAUCAACCGAAGCCGGUCUCACCACCUAUUAUUAUACCACCACGGACGCAGCAGGCGCAACUGAAGUCAUCCUCGCGACCUUCACCCCCACCUUCGCACCGACUACCAUUCCCGCCGCGCCUUCCCACACAGGCACUAUCCUCGACUACAGCCAAUGGCUUAGCCUAAUUGGCGCUUCCUCUUCAGCUACCGUAUCAGGGGGUUCGGAACUCUCAUCUAGUAGCGGUGCGAGCCCAAGAUGGUCCACGCAGCGCGGAUGGAUGGGCGUGGGUACGGUGACCGGGCUGCUGGGCGGAAUGUGGCUUCUCCUGGUGUGA